GUUUCGAAAAUAGGGAUUUGUGGGCAAAUGCAUGGUGUAGUAUUUUGGAAAAAUGACGAGGAAAAAAUGGCUUGGGAAGUAGUCGAGAAAGAUACUAGCGUAAGAUAUGAUGUUUGCCAAGAGAGAGUGUCUGCUCUAUACACAUGGCAGGACAAUCGAUGCAGUCCUUGUUUUCUCUCUACUUUGCCUACGCCUGAGUCCCAUUUGAAUAUUUCUACGGGGUUUGGAAAUGCUACAAUUUUUUGGAUGCAGAAACACAAACCUGGAAAACUGGAAAAAUACAACUGUUCUGGAACAAUAGCCGAUUUUGCUGUUGCCAUGCUCUGCAAUUUAAAAAAACCUAUAAUGUCCUAUCAAAAUGCAGCCAGCUGGGGAUAUUUCGAUUGCUGUAAGAACACAUGGAAUAAGGAUAUUUUGGAGAGUGCGGGUUUUCCUGUUCACCUACUCUCUGAAGUGAAACCAUGUGGAGAAAUUGCGGGAAAUUUAUCUGGAAGUUGGCACAGCAUACCUCAAGGAACACCUAUCGGUGUGGGAUUAGGCGAUUUGCAGUGUUCUGUUUUAUCAACAGUAGAAACACCAAGUGAUGCAGUACUCAAUAUUUCUACUUCGGCACAGAUAUCGUUUGUCGUUGAAAACUACACGCCAAAUUCAGGACCUCCAGAAGUUGUUCCUCUGUAUUACUGGCCAUAUUUUGAGAAAAAAUACGUUGCCGUAGCCGCAUCCCUAAAUGGCGGUAAUUCACUAGCCACCUUUGUGAAAACGCUACAACAGUGGACAAUGGAGCUGGGAUUCAAUGUACCUCAAUCAAAAAUAUGGGAAAAAGUUAUUGCACUGAGUUCAGAUGACAGCACAGUUUCAGAUCUGCAAAUCAAACCAACGUGUUUAGGAGAGAGACAUAGCCCCGAUACUUCCGCUUCUGUGUCAAACAUCCACGUUGGAAAUUUGGGUUUGGGAAAUGUAUUCAGAGCUUUAUGUAGAGGGUUGUUAGAGAACCUACAUAGUAUGAUGCCGAAAGAAAUUUUACAUAAAGCACAAAUCAAUCGAAUAGUUGGAAAUGGUUCAGGAUUAUCCAGGAAUAAGGUGCUGCAAAUGGAAGUUCAGCAAUUAUACCAGCUGCCGUUAGUUUUCACCAAAGGGGGUGAUGCAGCUAAAGGAGCGGCAAUGGCAUUCAUCAAUUGAUAAUAGUCACUAGCAUUUGCUUAGCCUUCCGUUCCAUAUAAAAAUCCCCAAGUACUGAAGAAAUUGGUAGAUUUUUUAUUCAUUUACUUUAUGAAAUCUUUCGAAAGAGUAGAUUAUUAUCCGAUACAUAUCGACAAUAUAAUUAUGAAGAAAUCGAUCAUAUAUACAAGGACAAAAGUCAUAUCAUAUGAAUCUUCUUGAUGGAAAAACAAGUAGACUAACCGUUCCAUUUGAUUUUUGGAUAGGUUGAUAUGAAUGAAAAAUAAUCACAACAUGAAUGACUAGUGGAUGAAUCGCAAUAUCGUUUUCUUAAGAGCGAUAUUUCAACAUAGGAUGUUUCGCGAUUUUAUGAUUGUAUUAAACGGAUUAUUCCCACAGGUUUCCUUGGCAAAGUUUAAUUUUUUUAGAUGAAAUAGCGUUGACGACUUUAAAUACCAAUCAAAUUAAUUAUCAUGUUUGUUUUCGCCCUUAUUUUGUUCGAAAACUAUUUCGAAUACAUAUUCCGGAAUGUGUUAAAAACUGUCUAUCGAGAAUUCAGCAAAUAUCUAUUGAAACACUGACUGUUUUUAUUAUCAUUUGUCGCUUCAUUGUGAACUGAAUAAUUGCUUUGUGAGUAUUAUUGGAAAAAUCCACUAUUGAUUAUUAUAUAAAGAAAUAACUUGUA